UCUAGCCCAAUUCACCACCAGCCACCCAACUUCUUUCCCUUUUCCUUCACAUAUAAUCAUCUCUCUCCUCUCAUUCAUUCCCUCACCAUCACCAAAAACACUACUUUCCUUCCAUGGCUAGCUUGAGCUUCAUCAUUGGCAUUAUAGGGAAUAUAAUCUCUAUACUAGUUUUUGCUUCUCCCAUAGGAACAUUCAAGGGAGUGGUGAAGAAGAAAUCAACAGAGAAUUACAACGGACUUCCAUACAUAACCACUCUGCUCAGCACAUCUCUGUGGACUUUCUAUGGAAUUCUCAAGCCAGGGGGUCUUCUUAUUCUAACAGUAAAUGGCGCUGGUGCUGUCUUACAAUUCAUUUAUGUCACUCUCUUUCUUGUCUAUGCUCCAAGGGAUAUCAAGGUGAACCCAAAAAAAAAAAAAAAAAAAUUCUGUUUUGAAUCAUUUAAGACAUUCAUGUCUGAUUAAAAUCCACCAUAUCUAAAAAAAUAAUUGGAUUGACGUCUAUUUAUUUAUUUAUUGAGUGGUGCUAUUCGCACAUCUUUUCAGUAAAAAACACUUUAACACUUUUUGGCUUUAUUAGGCCAAAAUUGCAUAAUAAACACUAUCGAUUUUUGGUGAAAAUGGGAU